GGUCUUUUCCUUUCCCCCCCAUAACUCGGUGCAGAGGUAGCGGUGUAAGUGGCCGGGCUCGCGCGGACAGAGGCCGCCGUUUCCCCCUGCGUAGAGUCCACCGAGUCUUUUUCCUGGUGCCUUCCCAUCUUCCAUUUCUUCACACACACGCACGCGGGCGCGCGCAUCUCUCACGUAAGCGAUGCCCUCGGCCACCAGCAGCGCGAUGGCGAGUAGCGGCAGUAAAGCGGGCAACGAGGCAACGGUAGCGGCGGCGGCGGCUUCUCAGGCAGCGGUUUCGGGUGGCAGUACGAGUUCGGUGCAGACGGAGGCCAUGAAGCAGAUUUUGGGUGUCAUCGAUAAGAAGCUGCGCAAUUUGGAGAAGAAAAAGAGCAAACUUGAUGAUUAUCAAGAUCGAAUGAACAGAGGAGAACGCCUUAACCAAGAUCAGCUGGAUGCUGUGUCAAAGCACCAGGAAGUCAGUAAUAAUCUGGAAUUUGCCAAGGAACUGCAGAGGAGUUUCAUGGCUCUAAGUCAAGAUAUUCAAAAAACAAUAAAGAAGACAGCCCGACGGGAACAGUUAAUGAGAGAAGAAACUGAACAAAAACGUUUAAAGACAGUACUUGAAUUGCAGUAUAUUUUGGACAAGUUGGGUGAUGAUGAAGUGCGCAGUGACCUAAAACAAGGAACAAAUGGGGUAUCUAUAUUAACAGAAACAGAACUAUCUACACUUGACGAGUUUUACAAGCUGGUUGAACCUGAACGUGACAUGAACAUAAGGUUGAAUGAACAAUAUGAACAGGCAUCCAUUCAUUUGUGGGAUCUAUUGGAAGGGAAGGAAAAACCUGUAUGCGGAACAACAUAUAAAGCCCUAAAAGAAAUUGUUGAACGCGUUCUUCAAACAAGUUAUUUUGACAGUACUCACAACCAUCAAAAUGGACUUUGUGAAGAAGAAGAGACAGCAUCUGCACCCGUAGUUGAAGAUUCUGUGACAGAAGCUGAGCCAGAACCAACAGAAGAAUACACUGAACCAAGUGAAGUUGAAUCAACAGAGUAUGUAAACAGACAGUUCAUGGCAGAGGCUCAGUUCAGCAAUAAUGAAAAGGAACAAGUAGAUGAAUGGACAGUUGAAACUGUUGAGGUGGUAAAUUCACUCCAGCAACCACAGGCUACAUCUCCUCCAGUUCCAGAUGCCCAUACGCUUACAGCUGUAGCUCAAGCAGACCCACUUAUUAGAAGACAACGGGUGCAGGAUCUUAUGGCACAAAUGCAAGGCCCAUAUAACUUUAUGCAGGACUCUAUGCUGGAAUUUGAGAACCAAGCACUUGACCCUGCUAUUGUUUCAGCUCAGCCUAUGAAUCCACAAAAUUUGCAGAUACCACAGAUGGUUUGCCCUCCAGUUCAUGCUGAAUCUAGACUUGCACAAACAACCCAGGUUCCUGUACAACCUGAAGCUACACAGGUCCCCUUGGUUUCUUCCACAAGUGAGGGAUAUACAGCACCCCAGCCCACGUAUCAGCCUUCUCAUUCAACAGAACAGCGACCUCAGAAAGAAUCAAUUGACCAGAUUCAGGCUUCAAUAACUUUAAGUACAGAUCAGACACCAACAUCAUCGCCACUUCCAGUUGCAUCCCAGCCUCAGGUAUUUCAGGCUGCCUCUAGCAAACCCUUGCAUAGCAGCGGAAUCAAUGUUAAUGCAGCUCCAUUCCAGUCCAUGCAGACGGUAUUUAACAUGAAUGCACCUGUUCCUCCUGUCAAUGAGCCAGAAACUCUAAAGCAACAAAAUCAAUACCAGACCGGUUACAGCCAGACAUUCUCCAAUCAGCCCCAUUCAGUAGAACAAUCAGAACUUCAGCAAGAACAGCAGCUUCAGACAGUGGUUGGCACUUACCAUGGUUCCCCGGACCAGUCCCAUCAAGUGGCAGGUAACCACCAGCAGCCUCCACAACAGAAUACUGGGUUCCCACGUAACGGUCAGCCUUAUUAUAACAGCCGGGGAGUGUCUCGUGGUGGAUCACGCGGCACUCGAGGCUUAAUGAAUGGAUACAGGGGACCAGCCAAUGGGUUUAGAGGAGGAUAUGAUGGCUACCGUCCUUCAUUUUCCAACACUCCAAAUAGUGGUUACACCCAGGCACAGUUUAAUGCUCCACGAGACUAUCCCAACUACCAGCGAGAUGGAUAUCAACAGAAUUUCAAACGUGGCUCUGGACAAAGUGGCCCUCGGGGAGCCCCUCGAGGUCGUGGAGGGCCCCCAAGACCCAACAGGGGAAUGCCUCAAAUGAAUGCUCAGCAAGUGAAUUAAUCUAAUACUCAAGAUUACUUUUAAAACGCCAAAAACACUGGCCAGUGUACUAUAUACAUGUUACCAGAAGAGUUAUCUCUGUUUUCCUUUAUAGGAAGUUCAUAGUAAAGGGAUUAUUUUCAUUGCCCAUAAAGACAAGACUACAGUUGUCAGCUUUAUAUUACCCGGAUAUGGAAAGAAAUGCCGUUUGCGCUGCAUGUUCUGUCCUAAGCGUCACCUUGAGCCUUGCACAUGAGAUCCAGACCCUUGCUUUGAUUUAAAACAAAAAUGGCAGUUUCAGAGUAAAGAAAAUGUCUAUAGUUAAUUGAACAGGCAGAAAUAAUCCAAUUGACUUCAUUGAUGUCAUAUAGUUCUGCAGCAAAUUUGGAUAAGAAUCUGUAAACCCAUAAACGUUUUACUCAGACAGUUGGUAUAUUUAAACUUUUACAUUAAAAAGACAGAAGAAGUGAAGUGUGGCUUAACAGAACAACAACUACAUUUCAGCUUUUUCUGUUUCAUUGAAGCGCCUGAAUAUUUACAUGCAUAAUAAAGAGCCCUGACUAGAUAUUAAACUGGUGAACAGCUUAGGCAAACCCUUAGCUACAGCACUUUUUUUAAAUUAGUCUGACUUGCUGUGGUAAAGGGAUGCAUUAAUUGUUUUGUGUAUCUGUUGAUAUAAUUGUGUAAACCCAAAAUUAAGCUUUGAUUGGCACUUUAAAAUUUUGUGUAAGAAAUAGAAGGUAUAAUCUGGACAGCCACUUGUGUUUUCAAAUGUGAAGUGUUGAAAGAGAUCUCUCCUGAACACAUUUCCUGGAUAGCAAUGCCGUUUGUAAGGAUUGGUAUUCCUUAUCAUUCCUUAUGAUUUGCACAUUGUCUGUCAUUAAUACUUAAACUUGCUGUAUUACCACCUUAAUAACUGAUGCUGGUACUGAUGGAAAUUAAUGGGUAUGCAUACUACGUGUCACAUGUCUUUUUUCCCCUGCAGCUUAAAGAUUUUGAGAAAUCUCAAAUCCCUGCUGGUGCCCUUUAAAUAGCUCUUUUUUUGAAAAGCACCAGUAAAUGUUUUGAUCCAUUUCCCCUUUUAAGGGAAAUUACAGCCAGCAGUUACAGAUCCAAGCGAGAUAAAUAAACAUGUUUAUAUUAAAAAAAAACCUGUAUUCCUUAACAUAUCUUCAAUGACUGAUGAAAACUCCACAAGCACAUUCUUUGAACAGUUUUUUUUUCAUUCUCAACACUUAAAGAUGAUUCCCAACUCAGAAGCUUCUAAGAUAUUUAUCCAGUAAGGUAUUUAUCCAGUAAAGACAUGCAUUUAUCUGACUUGUUACAAUCAUCAGGCUCAAUGUUGUCAAUUUAUCUUAUAUGGGGGGGUUGUAAAAGUUGUGAACAAGCAGUAAGAAUUGCAUGCAUGGUACUUAAUGCAUCUUUUGAAACCUCCUACACAAGAAUUCAUGAAUUAGUUCAAAGCGUAGUUAGAAGAGUGCUUCUAUGGACAAAGCCAGUAGUGCUGUUAAUUAAUCACAUUGGGAUUAUAGAGUUACUGCGGGUUUUUUUUAGGUUAGCAAGUACUGUUCUUUUUGUUUAGUUGACAACUUUCCCUGAUUCCAUAUAUGGUAACAAAAAGUAGACUCUUCAGUUACGAUAAUUAAGUUAAUUCUUUAAAUAUUCUAUAUUAUUAAUAUUUGUAGGUACUGUUAAUAAAAAAGAUCUUAAUGGAAAAUAACUUCAAAUACAGUAUCAGAAGCCAAAGAUAAAUUGGAAACCAAACAAGAUUAUGUGAUGCAUUUUUUUUAAAAAAAAUCAAGAUUACCCAAUGUGAUUUAAACAAGCUGCUGUGUGUACAAAUUUGUCAAUAACUUACCUGUUUAUAUAAAAUAAGCAGCUCUUGCUAUCUUUAGAUUGGGAAAUGAGGCAUACAACAAAAUUAAACUUACUCUUGGAACACUGCUUUCAAGGCAAAUUUAAAGCCACAAAUGUCCUUCCUUAAACUAAAACAAAAAGUAUUUAGAAUCACAAGAAUUUGGUGUCAGAAUCAAGUAAUUUGUAAACAAAAUUGAGAUGACUUUUUAAAGGACUAGUUUAUCUAUUGACUUUCAUGACAAGCUAGCAAUAUUGAAUAUAGUGUUUGAAUUUAAACAAACCAAACUAUAAUUUUUAGAAAACUAGAAUUAAUUCCCUAAAUAUUAGAAGGUACAUUGUGUUCUCAGGUUAAUUCAGCACGGUCAAUAACUUAUGAGCAUGAGCCCUGCUUGGUUCUGUUUUCAGUCUAAUUGUAAUCUACUUUAUGUUCCUCAGUUCUUAGGUGACAAACUGAAACAUAGAAGUAGUCAUUCCACUGUUACAGUUUGGAGAAAAUCCAAAUAUUAAAGAAAACUGCCCUGUUUCUGUUGGAAAAGCUACAGGUCAAGCCAUUUAUGAGUAGUGAAAAAGAUUUGCCAGGGAUAAGCUUCAUGAGGUUUAUCUCCCGUUUUCAUUGGUGACAAUGAAGCCUUAUUUUGUGUCAGUUAUUUAUCUUCAUGCAUCCAGGAAUGCAGAGUCCCAUCUUAGCUUGUAACAAUCCAAAUCUUUUUUUUUUUUGGCCUUCCAUUCAUGGAGAAUGUCUAAAUUAGUCCCUGCAGCUUUCUUGGUAAGGGUUUUCAGAAGUGGUUUGUCAUUGCUUCCUUCUUAGGGCUGAGAAAAAGUAACUGGCCCAAGGGCACCCAGUUGGCUAUGUGCCCAAAGCAGGACAGAAACUCACCUCCCAGUUUUUAACUUGAUGCCUUAACUACUACAUCAAACUGGCUCUCAAAAUCUUUAUUACAAGAAGGCAAAUAGUACAGUUUCUGGUCUUAUGCUGUACAGCAAUGGGGUUAUGGGGGGUUAUGUUUGUAAGUGUGUGACUAAUGUGUAUUGCUCAUUCACCUACCUGCCAUUGCUUGUCUCCUAUAGGGAGAGGAGGUAGUGGUGAGCGGAAAAAAGUAGCACUGCCUCUCCACUGUGCUUCAUAUUGCUACUCUUCUCUUUUCUUUGGCUUUCUUACUAGUAGUGCCACCUUUACCAUCUUCCUCAUCUCCUACCAUCUACCCAUUUUUUCUCAUUUUCAUUGGGUGUCCUGAUGCUGUCAAUUAUAAUUUACAUGUUAUAAAACUGGUAUAGAAAAAAAAGAAGAACUGAAUGUAUGUUUUGAAUGUAGCUAAGCUUUCUCCAACCUAGUCUCAAGUGGAAAUGAAGGACAUUGCAGGAUGUUGCUUCAAAUCCAUUUGGGCUGGCCAGUUGGAAACAUUGCCAUUGGGCCAAGUUCUAAUUUCCUCCUACACUAAUGGUAACAUUUAUAUAAAUUAGAAGUUGCCCGUUUGUACAAAAUUUCACAAGAGAUCAGCAGAGGCUAAAUUCAUAUGUAAACCUGAAAUCUCAUCUAGUAAUGCAUGUAACCUAACAUAACCAGAUGGCAAUCAGUGGAGGAAAACCUAUUGAAACAUAAAUUUUUAAUUGGGUAACAAAGUGUUUUUGUAUUACUUUUUCACUACUUUAUAUAAUCAUUCAAAUUUCUGUUUCAGUAUUAUCAGUUUAUUAUUCUUUUAGUCUUUUUCAUAAGUAAGCCAAACAGAACAUGUUGAAAUUGUGGGCUUUUACUGUAUAUGAACAGUGUUAAAUCAAGCAUACCAUUAUAGACAUUGAAGCUAAUGUAUUAUUUUGAAUGUUAGGUUGUUAGAAAAAUGCAUUUAAAACAUGUUAUAUCUUCAAUAUAUACAUCAAGUAUGAAUAGAACAAAUUUGGCUUGAUGUGAAAUUACAUCAAAUAUAUGAGUUUUUUAAAUUCAAACUCUAAGAUGUUUGAGUUGAUGCCCAAUGGGUUGCAUCUGAGUGCAUUUUAAAAAAUACUGCUGAUAUUGAUUGUUCUACUGAAGUAUUAAUGGUGGCAAAUAGCCUUCAGACACAUUCAUGACUGACAGCUGAAUUUUUAUAAAACUGCUCCCGAUAAUUCAAUUGUUUGUUCGCAUUUGUUUUUCUUACGUAAUUUAUAGUUAUACUUAAAUAACUGUAACUAUUUUUCUUGUUCUAAACAUUGCUUUUGCAGUUUUCACAUAUUUGGGUUAGAACUGUUAAACUCAUGUAUUAACUACAUUUAAAAUAUGAAAGCCUGUUUACUUAUGUGAGAAUGUGUUCAAAACCAAAUUCAUAAUACAGACCUAUGCAAAUAUUGUGAGUUUUAAAACUUACAAAUUUGAAAUUGGUGAUUGAGGUAGAUAUUUCUGUCCUAAACUGGAAUUAGUGCCUAUACAGUUGUACUCUUUUGAUUGCAGAUCUAACUGGAAAACAAUUGCCUUUUAGUAUUCCAGUGAAAUAUGACAUUUUUUCUAUCUUUUAUGGCAAAAUGUGAUCCCCCCCAAAUUUGAGUAACAUUAAGAUCGUUAUGUUUUAUUUUUAUAUGGACAUCACUAGCACUGGUAAUUUUACAUUAGGAUGUUGUCAAAAUACAUUCUGCUUAGCAUGUGUAAUUUAUCGUUCAAGGUAACAGAAUGAAUUGUGGCUGGCUUUAAAUAUGGUGUAUAUGUAUAAAAUCAAACAUGCAGAUUUCUACCUGCUUAACAUAGUUAAAUUGGGUUGCAAUUGUGUGUACAUUUUAACUGCAGAAAUCUGGACUGUGAGUAUGCUUUUAAAUAACAAAUAUAAAAUGGGUACCUUUUAAAAAUGUGAUGCUGAGAUAGAAUUGCACAACGUGAAGAUUUUAAACUGCAUUUGAAAAGGAAUGAUUUUAACUAUCUUUAUAAUUGUCUUAAGGGAUUUUUAUCAAGCAAUAGCUACUGUCUUGAAUAUUACAAAAUGCAGUUAAUGCGGUGAACUCAGAAGAUUGAAGGACAUUUAGCCUGAUGACCCACAAUGAUUUUGCAGGUGAAAGAGGUUGAUACAGGGUGUGGAUUAACUGCUUCUCCUACAGUUUUGGAUCAGCAUCAGAUUUUCUCCAGAUUGCUUAAAAGUAGAUACACAUUUUUUAUUCUUUCAGGGUAUUUCUAUCUGAAGAGAGAAGCCAUGUUGUCUCCCUGAGAGAAGUUGUCAAUUUACACCUUACAUGAGGAAGACGCUUUGGAUUCACUGUGUUCAAAUAAGUUAACACUUAUAGCAAUGCCUUAAUUAGUACCUUAGAGUAAAGUUUACUCUUCUCAUAUCGAGAUAAUCUGACUAUUGAAAAAUCAGGCCAUUAUUGCUAAAUUUUGGCAAAAUACUGGAAACAAUAUGAUUUGCUUGCUCAUUUAUGGAUUGAUCUCUCUCUGCCUCCUCAAAUCUGAGAAUCUUAUCCACGUAUCACGUAUUACACACUUGUAACAUUGAUAAUUACUGUGUUAAUGUGUUUUGAUGUUAAUUGUUGGCCUUGAAAUGACAUGACCGACAUAAUAAAACAGUUGCUGUAAAGGCAGCAGCAUCAACUAAA